AUGCCACCACUCUACCUCUUGCAGCUAUCAACACUGCGUCUCAGCUCCGGCCUGAUAAAUUACUUCUCAAUGCAAUUUUUCUUGUUUGUGUCUCAAACUGUCAUACCUCUUGUGGCCACAGUUGACAGAUCCCAAGAUGCUUGGAGCACCUUUACCCGUCUGUUUGCCAACUGUUCAUGGACCAGCGUUAUGCAGUUGCAGAAAGAACUCGUGUUAAGCCAGCAUAGUAUUCACUUGGUCUCUGAGUUUCUGCAUUCUAUCAAAGCCAUGAUUGAUGAACUUGCUCUCAUUAACACACCUUUAACCAAUGAUAAUCUUACUCUUCAUGUCCUCAAUGGACUUGGUGCUGAAUUUCAUGACACUGUAGCCAUAAUUCGGGCUCGGGAGACAUCCCUCACUUUUAAGGAACUUCAUGAUCUUCUCAUUGGCGAUGAAGCCUAUCUCAAGCAUCUGGAAAUACCCUCCUCCACCCUGGUGACCACGACUAAUUACUUCUAUCACAAAGGUAAUUCUUCUAAGAAAACAAACAAUCGCAAAACUCCCAACAAAAAAUCCCAGCAGCGCAGUAAUCGUCUUACACGAGCUCGUCAACUUUGUGACCGAACUGGUCAUAUAGCCAAACAAUGUCUCGAGUAUCGUCCUGUUGAUGCGGUCGCCAAUUGCGCUACCAUAAAUGGUUAA